AUGGAUUCAGAUCAGCUCAGCCCCAACACCAGGUCCCUGCGUUCCAGAAGCAAUGUCACAUAUUACAACGACCUGCCGCCCGAGACUAUAGAGGCUCUGUCAACUCUCAUCCCCCGUCCCGACGAUGACCUUGGUACGGCUAUCAAGAGAUCGAUCGAGUUUGAUACCGAGAGUAGGUACAACAGAUCAAGCGAGGUUGAUACCGAGAGUAAGAACAGCAGAUCAAUCGAGGUUGAUACCAGGACCAAGAACAACACAUCAAUCGAAGUUGAUACCGGGAUUAACAACAAUAGAUCAAUCGAGGUCAAUACCGGCACCAGAAACAAUGGAUCAAUCGUGGUUGAUACCGGCACCAAGAACAACAGAUCAAUUGUGGUUAAUACUGGGAUCAAGAACAAACCCGUCACCAAAACAAGCGACACAACCCUCGAAACAACCGGAUCUGCUGCAACUGAAUCUCCUCUCCUUACUAUCGCAAAGAUAAAAGCCAAGAUCGCCACGGAACAUGCAUACAGCGAAGUUCUUAUCCAAUCGCGACGAAGAUUAUGGGAGCAGAUGGAGUCAUAUGAGGCUCACAUUCGAGAGCACCAAAGCAAAAUUUGCGACAGCGGCGAGGGUAAAGACCUGCUGAAUAAGAGGCUCCGUGAUUGCGAAAUACUGGAGAGCCAGAUUGCCGAAAUUUGCAAGCUCCUGGAAUCUCUUGGCGAGAACUUGGAUGAGAGCGCGAACAAAGUUGUAGACCUCUUAAACGAGCUGUCAAAGGCCGGGUGA